AUGGCGGGUGUCGCGACAGCAUAUUCUUCCGAUGCUCUAGCAUCACCAACCGGCGUGGACGGCUCGCAAUGGGACUUCGCCGUACCACUUGGAAGUGAGGAGAACCGCCAUUCGAGACCACGCCAUUCGCAAGACUCGAAUUUCGUCCGUGCAAACCUUCCUCCAAAGCGAAACUCGAACGGCUCCCGCAGUUCCUCCGUCUCUCGAUCGGUCCGCGCCCACGAAUCACCCUAUGUGACCUCCCGAGGACGUAGGGAACCCAGCCUCAGCCGACAUGGGAGCGAAGUAGGCAUGCGAGAUGCUUUUGGACACGAUGCAGGUAGCGGUAAAGAGUCCGAGGAAGGAAAGGAGGGUCUCAACCUAUUCCUGGAUGGGCAGACGAACCAGGAAAAAUGGAUCCACCGCGACAAGCUGGCGAAAAUCGAGAGCGAGGAGCUUCACCAGGCGGCGAUUCUCUUCCAGCGACGGAUGAGAGGUGAAAGUAAAUCGAGUACGGGGCGGGGGAGAAGUCAUGAUUCUCAGCAGAGCGCUGCCAAUGGAAAUGGUACCGCGACAUCGCCGGCCGCGGAGUACUCUGAGCCUUGGCCGGAGUUAAGAGAGCAAUCUGGCAAGGGUGCGAAUGCCGAAUUAAGUGACGACGAGCGAAGAAACUGGGACCUCCGCCGACCGGAGGAGAUCGCUGCAGACGAUGCAGCCGCCAGCAUUUACAGUCACCCAAGCCUUGGGAAAAGCUCGUCGCGAAUACCCAUCUCUACAACCAGCCCAGUUCCCAUUGCUGGCACCAUGGGCCGUGAUUCUCGUGGCCCUCGUAGCCGGGCAGCAACGGACGAAGACGACGACCGAUCUUCGCGCGGCCGUAGAGCAAGCGAGCCUAUCAACAUCGAUCAGAAUGCCUCGACUCCCUCUCCAACGAGCCGCCCCAACAGCCGUGGAUUCAACACCACCCAGAAUACCCCGUCCAAGAAGAAGGCUCCAGGUUCGACUAACCGCAAGACCUCUGCUCCACCCACCAACCGCAAGAACAGCGCCGCUCGAUCCCGCGCAGUAUCGGGCAAUAACAUCCCGCGACCCACGACCCGAGGAAACGACACUCGCCCUACAACUGCGGCGAACAGACCCGAGGGCGAUCCGCCCUGGCUGGCAACUAUGUACAAGCCCGAUCCUCGCCUCCCGCCAGACCAGCAGAUGCUCCCCACGCUUGCCAAGAAGAUGCAGCAAGAACAGUGGGAGAAAGAAGGCCGGACUCCAAACACAUACGACCGCAAUUUCGCGCCUCUGGCCGUGCAUCCAUUCGACGCACCGCCUGUCCCUUCCAAAUCCGAACCAGAACAGCCCCAGCAGCCUGCCGACUCGCUGCAGCUCAACGAGCUGCCCCCUCAACCACCAAAGAGCCCAGAGCCACCCCGCCCCAAUACAAGCACUGGGUACAGCACCAUGCCCAAGGUACAAGAAACGCCCCCAAUGGGCCUGGCACCCAACCCCAACCCCAAUUGGAACCCGCCCGUUGUCACCGCGCGCGAACAACCGAAGAAAGAAAAAAGCUGUGGCUGCUGCAUUGUGAUGUGA